CGACAGAUCAACAUGCGACGCGAAUGGUCCCGGAGUGGAGAAACGUGGCCGGGUGUAGCAGAUAAAUUCUGUGCGUCCUCCUCAGUCAAUAACGAGUACCCAGUUAGCGCUGGUCACAAACGCGGCUGCAUCCGAAGGCUUACAUCUCGCUAAUCGAGAGGCUCUCGCGAAUGUCGGAACACAUCGGACGGGAAUUCGCGGCGCAAAAAACAUUCUCUCAAAUAUUUAUUUAAAAGAAUUAAUCGUGCGACGUAGAAAGACUUUUGACAUAUCUAUAAAAAUCUCAGACUCUUAUUACGACGAAGACGUUCGCUGAACAGCGAGCAUUCAACGCGUACUCUCUCAGAUCUGACGAUAAGACGAAUCGCGGAAAACUGCAGAUAUCAGUUAGAAUUUUCUGGAGCAAUCUGGUGAAUAUCUCAAAGACUUCGCUUGAAACAAUAAAACUGCUGGUCGUAGAUUAGACACUCGUUUGUAAAGAACGAAGGCGCAAUCUCAAAGACGAACGGAUCGCGAUUUUCCGAGGAACGCUAUCGGGCAUUAAUACGAAUAGACAGCAGAAUAAACAGCUCAGAGCAAAUCGGUAUUUAUUAUAUGUACAUAUGAUGAUAUUAUAUCUGGACGAAGACGACUGAAAAUAAAAAGGGAGAGCGCGAUCUCGUAUCUAAAACUCGCGGUAUAUCUGAACGGCACGACAGUUAAUUUAGUUCAAGCCGUUUGACGCUUGGACGUCUGGUUCAACAGUCGAAUUUCAAAUCAUUCAACACAUGCAUAUCUUUUAAAUAGGCAUGUAGUCGAUCGAUGAAUGAUAAUGACGAUUAAAAGUACUUUGUGAUACGAUAUCGAGAUUAUUAUCAAGUAUAAAUACCGAAAUCGGAUAUAUAGAAUGGAUGUAAGGAUAUAUAAAACAUUCAAUCGCGAAUGAGAGAGAGAGAAAGAAAGUGGUACUCGUAACAUAAGAUAAAAAGACUGACACUCUUUCUUAAAGCUACAAAUCAUAUUUUACGCGAAAAAAUCAUCACACUGGUUACUAUCGUUAUAUCGUUAUAUUUUAUUGACGCCAUUGAAAAUAAGUUAUUAAGGAAAAAAAAAACGCCAUGACGAACACGCCGGCUAGCAACGCGAACGGACGUACGGACCUUAUUAAUGCGAAUGAACAAACGAACGUUAACAAUACGAAUGAACAAAAAGAUGUCAAUAAUACGAACGAGCACGUUAAUAAUGCGAAUGGACAAACCGAUGUUAACAGUGCGGGUGGGCGCAUAUCGGAGUGCAUGGAGAUCAAGAUGGAACCCGGCGUCAACGAACAAAAAAAGUGGCAGCGAGCCGGAACAAUCUAUCAAAUAUUGAUGGCCUUAUGCGCCAAUGUCGUGGUACUAGGUCCUGCGAUGGGCUUCGGUUACAGUGCCGUAGCAGAACCCGCGAUGAGAUGGCCGAAAAACGAGGAUGACUUAAAACUCGAUGCUAGUCAAGCAAAUUGGAUGGCUACCGUAUCGGCGUUGGGUACGCCUCUUGGUUGUCUACUCUCGAGCGUCGUGAUGGGGCGAGGAAGGAAGAUCAGCAUGUUCGUAACGUCGUUGAUCUCACUGGCGGGUUGGGUGACCAUUUACAUGUCGAACAGUUACGUUCAGAUUUUGAUUGGAAGAUCGAUUUCCGGAAUAUCCACAGGCAUGGCGUCAGUUCCGACGACUGUGUAUGUGGCGGAGAUAGCAGGACCAAAAUUACGAGGCACAAUGGUUACAUGGACUAGUAUCUCUAUCGCUCUCGGUGUCCUUAUUGUUUAUAUCUUUGGAUACUUCUUUCAGGAUGACUGGCGACUGAUAGCUCUAUUGUGCGCUCUCUUCCCACUGUGUGCAAUCGCCCUCACUUUGCUGGUAGUGCCCGAGACUCCUCUAUACCUGCGAGAUCAGAAUCGGCCAGAGGAAGCAUUGGAGAUCAUGAAGAAGUUCCGCGGAAUACCGAAGGACCAGCCGGCGUCGGCAGAAGUUUUAUUCGAGCUGAAACCACGGCCGCAGAAGAAAAAUCAAAAUCUGUUAAAGCACCUAGUGAAAAGGAGCUCCCUUGUGCCAUUUGGCAUAAUGCUCAGCUACUUUUUCUUCCAACAGUUCUCCGGAAUCUUCGUGGUCAUAUACAACGCCGUUGCAAUCAUGGAUAAAUCGGGUAUUCAAGAUCUAGAUCCUUAUAUAGCAGCGAUAGUGAUAGGCGUCGCCCGUUUUAUAGCCAGUCUUUUAACUGCCGGAGUGUCUCAGAAAUUCGGCCGACGAAUACCGUCGAUGAUUUCUGGCGUUGGCAUGACGAUCUUCAUGGGCGGCUUAUCGCUCUAUCUGUAUUUGGCCGACAGAGGAACCGUCAUGGCUGACAACGGAGUGGUUCCAGUGAUUUGUAUGGCGAUGUACAUAUUCACGAGCACCCUGGGCUUCCUGGUGAUCCCGUUCGCUAUGGUGGGCGAGGUGUUUCCCUCCAAGGUCAAGGACAUAUUGUCCGGCACGACGGUUGCCGUCGGCUAUCUCUUCAGUGCGGCGACUGUUAAAACGUAUCCAGAUAUGGUGGCUGCGAUGGGCAUGCACGGUGUGUUCCUCUUCUUCGCUAUCGUAUCUUUAAUCGGUGUGGUAUUUAUCCUGUUUUUCCUACCCGAAACGAAGGGAAAGACACUGCGCGAGAUCGAGGACAUGUUCUCAUCGAAGAAGAAGGUCUUGGAAAUGCAGCAGCCGGAAGGAAUAAUAGUCGGAGAGAGAAUCGCUCUUUCUAAUUCUUAGGCAAUCUCUGUCGGUCUCCUGAGAAAUUGAAAAUAUUUAUUGCCUAUACAAACAAAUAACCGUCAAAAGUAAAUAAUGUUAAAUUCACGAAGAGAUACAAGGUAUUAAAGGCAAGCGUACGAAUUGUACGAAUGUUAGAUGGCCGAUGGAAUAAACGAAACGGAUGCGAUGUUAUUUUGUGAUACUUUAAGGUAUCUCUUGAAAGAGAUUUAAGGAGUACAAUCGAAGUAACAAGAUAACCGUGAUAUUUAUUCUAAAUAUGUAUACGUAGUUAUCAUAUAUUUCGUAAUCGAAAGAGACAAAGAAUAUUUGUUUAGGAUUCACAAUGAGAAGUAAAACGUAACACGAUGGAGGUAUCGCUGUCAUCUCGAUAAAGGUUUCUCCAUUAAAACGAUAACAGUGCCAUAUAUCAAUACUUGGUUCACCACGUGCGAAAUGUAUUCGCAAAUUACAUUGAAAUGAGAUUAGGUUUGUACCAGACUCGCGAGAGAAAAAUACGCAAUCUCAAAAAUGAUAUUUUGAUAAAACAGUACGUAUCAUAUAAUUUAAUUAAAACUCAUUAUAUACUUGUUGUUUGAUAGUCGGAGCUUAGCAUAAUCUUUAAGAUAAUCCAAAUUUGUCAUCACACUUAUUUCAAAUAGGAAACCAGAUAAAUAUCGUAAUCAGAUAUUGCUGAAGAUCUAAAAAAAGAGAUAUUAAAUAAAAUCGACUGUUUUAUCGAUAAUACGCAAUUAAUUAAUUAAUUAAUUAAAGAUAAGAUUUAUCACUUAUAAAUAAUAUUAUUAAUAUUUAACAGUUGAAAGAGAAUUGUGAAUAUAAAAUUGAACAAGUGCACGUAGUGCUUAUUUAAGUGCUAAACGUGUGUAACUUAUUAUUAAUUUAUUUUUCGUAAAUCUCGCAAAUAAUUGAUUUUGAUAAGAUCUACUAAUUGGUACGGUGAUAACAAUCCAGUGUCGACUCGAUAAGCAUAAAAAGAACUUUUCAUAUUCGCGUAUGUCACAGAUACAUGUAAUUAUUUAUUUAAGGUUGAAGAGUGUUGUGUCAUCGUGAUAAUAAUCGCUGUUUUUUUGCGAUUAAGUUGUCAUCUUCGUGACAGCUGCCUUUUACAAUUACAAAUGCUACUUUAAUUUGUAUAAAGUAUUUUUUACGCGAAAAAUCAAUAACGCGAUGAUGUCAACGAAUAUUUACGAACUAUCGAACAUGAAGUACUUUACAAUUUAUCAAAUCAUCGCGCGAUUGAUCAAUGAAUCAAUUUAUAGUUAAUUAUGCAAUUUAUUUAAAUUAUUCUAAGUAUGUAUUAUAUAUUCUGAUAUAAAAAUACAUAUAUGUGUAUAUAUACAUAUGUGUGUCUCACGUAUUUUAUUAAAAUCUUAAAUAAUAAAUUAACAAAUGGCGUAACAAUCACGAUAAUUAAAUAACAAACACAAAAUAAUGUACAAUUUACGAAAUGUGAAAGCGUGGGAUAUAUGUGGGAUCCGGUGGAGAAACGAGGCGAGAAAGGAUAGAACGACGAUUAACAUGGUUACUGACAAUAAUGAUAAUAAUAAAAAGCGAUAAUAAUAUAAAAUAACUGUAUGUGUAAUAAUAAUAACGUAAUGCUCUAAUAAAUGCUCGAUAAUUAAAAUAAA